AAUCAUUAUACCUGUUGAAGAAGUUUUAGAUAAUGAUUUGGAGAAGCUCAAAUAUUAUGAUCAAUUGACAUUUGGAGCUAAAGCAGUACUUUUCUUCUUUAAAGUUUUUUCUUCAAAAUAGGGUCUUUCAUUGGCAUGACUCAAUAGGCGUUUCAUAGCUUGCUUUUGAUCAUCAGCCAUAUUGACAACAAGCAGCUUCAUUUUGUGUACAACGUUCAGAUGUGGAAGACAUUUUUGAUACUUGGGACCUCGUUUUUUUUAAAGGAGUAUUUCUCAGCUAUUUGGUUGCUUUGCCAGGUAAUUUUAAAAAGGAUGACUGAAAUAAAUCAGAAGAUACCAAAAAAGUCUUCACGUGAGAGGCAUUUAAAGUGGAUGAGGUAUUAUGGUAGUAAAAACUUUGGUAUUUUUAUUGAAUGCACCAAGUGUAAAAAAUGGCGAAAGUCCUUAAAAUACAGUGAGUCGCAUGAAGUACCAAUGGAAUGGGACUGUUCAAUGCUUACUUCAGAAAAUGGAGGAAAAGGAAGUUGCAUUGAUCCUGAAGAAGAAAAUGCUGAGGGAUAUCUGGAGUAUGCACCUGGUUCAGUUGUAUGGGCAAAAUUAGAAGGCUAUCCUUGGUGGCCAGCUAUGGUGGAUGGAAAUCCAGAUACGGAUGAAUAUGCAUGGCAAGAAAAGGAUACUGUAUACUACAAUGUCACCUUUUUGGAUAAGAAGCCUACUCAUGCAUGGAUACCUAACAUGUACAUUUGCCCUUAUUUAGAAACUCCAAAAACGGAAAAGGGAUAUCUCCAGAAACUUAGAAAGAACAAAUAUGCCGGAGCAAUAGCAAAAGCAAAAGAACGAGCAGAAAAAGCCUUGGGAAUGACAAUCAAGGAUCGCCUGCAAACUUAUAGUUUUGUGCAUUUAUAUAAAGGGCCCUGGCCUGCAGUAUCUGAUUUAGAAGAAUGUUACAAUGAAGAAAAUGGAAGCAGCAGUGAUGUGCCAGCUGAGCUAAAGUCUGUUUCCUCCAAAAAUACUGAAGAAUGUUACAAUGAAGAAAAUGGAAGCAGCAGUGAUGUGCCAGCUGAGCUAAAGUCUGUUUCCUCCAAAAAUACUGUUUGCAGGUCCCCUUCCAAAAAUGGACCCAGUGUUCAACAUACCGUCAGAAAGUCAGAUACUGUAUUGCCACCGUUAGCAGAGCAACUUAUUAAUGAAGUUUGUGGAACUUGUAUCAUUGAAGCAAAUGCCAUAAAAGAAAUGGUUGUAACUGAUGGAAGAUUGAAGAAAAAAAUAAUAACAUUUGCUUUCAGUUGCGUAGGAAAUCUGACUGAUCUACAAAGAUUUUUGAAAGAGAUAAUCAAGCGAUGUCGUAGUGAUGAAAAAUAUGUUGGUUUACAAGGCCGAUUCACUUCCAAAGUGAAAACGCUUCAUGUUAUUCUAGCUGGAUAUGAUUUCUUGGAAUAGGUGUCCAAUAAUCUUAUUAUGUAAUGGAUUUGUGAUUUUUUUCCCUUAUUAUUUCAUUUAUCAUCAUCAAUCUUUUUGAAAUGUAUUUUUAAUUUUAGUUUGUUUAUAUAUAUUAAGAGAGUUGGAAAUUUUAUUUUGGUGGUUUAGUGUUACUAUUGAUACUUAUAAUCAUGCAAUUAUAAUUGACUAUAUCAUUGUGCAUUAGCUGUAGCAACUAGCUAUAAAGUCUGUCAGGGUUGCCACGCCACCGAGAAAACGUAGGGAAUUUUAAAAUAAUCUACAUAAACCGGGAAAUUCAGAAAUUUUCAUAAAAACCGAGAAAAUGCAGAGAAUUUUAAGUUUCUUAGUUAUUUUUUUCCCAUCUAGAAAAUGCCAAUCUCUAAAGAUAGCAAGAAUAAAAGAUCGUAAUUACAGUUUCCGAAAUCGAAACAAUGCCAUUCAGGAUUGUGUAAUGCAGAAAUUUUCCCCUUUUCUAUUCUAUUCUCUUUUUUCAGUCCAGUUUCGAUUUGCGAGACUGUUGUCCUUUUUUCCAUAAGACUCUCGAUUCACAGCUAAUAAGUAUGCACGAGAUUUCUGUAACUGCAUGAGAGAAUAGAAUACAUUUGUCUGGCCGGAACAUUCAAGCUACUGAAGUAGUGCGGUGGUAUUUAGUCUACCAUACUUGAAUUUAUUGAAUGGUUUGUUUAUUAUUUCAGAGACUGUCAGCUUAUUCAAAGUAGAUUGGAGAUUUUUUUAACAAUGAGCUGUUCGAAAUCCGUAUUUAAUACGAAUUGAACAGAUAAAAUAAAAGCAAUCCUAAUUUUUUGAAUGUGUUUCUAUAAGUUACUGCUCGCUUUGUAAGAAGAUAAUAAGCCUAAGUAAUAUGGGGAAACAGGCAUACCAAAAGAGGAAAACAUGUAAUACUGCUUGCCAGUCCAAAAGAGUCCUCGUUGUUGUUGAAGUUAGUAUCUAAAAGGAAUGCAGGAAAAGAUAACAUGUCAAAUCCGAAAACGUCAAAUUUAAUGUCCGAAAAUAAACCGAUUUCGUACUUUUUAAUUAAAGAACAGUAAUUUAAAGCUGAAUUUUCAUGGGUAUUAAAACUUAUUGCAUCACAUUCGUCUUUUAAUGCAUUCAAUGAUAUAUCGGAAGUAUUUUCACUUAUGUUUACAGAAAGUGAAACUGCUAAAAAAUGUACAUCAGGCAAAAAUGUCAUUCCCUAUUUGUUAAGGAUUAGCUCCAUGAAACUGAUGACUGAAAAAUUUGCAAAAAUUGAUGCCCAAAUUCAUAAACU